GGUGGCGGCGGCACGAGCGCCGACGCUGCGUAGUCAGCUCUUCCCUGACGCCACUGCUACGCUGCCGAAGCGGCCACAGAGCGGCAGCCAGUGGGCCCCGCGCGUCACGACGACGCCAGUCGGCCUACCUGUCUGCCGGCCGACGACAACGACAUUAAAGAACGAGAUGAGGAAAACUUCCCCGGGACCUCCCUCUUCUCCGCUGCUAGUGGUGUGGCAUUGCGCACGUGCGCCGGUCGCGCUCUCGAGAGUGUGUGUGCCGAGAGCGGAGGGGGGGGGGGUUGGAAAGACCCCCGCGGCGGCGAUCGUGAGCGGUGUGCGGAGCAGCCAGAGGCCAGCCCCUCGCGCGACGCUCCUCUUCUCCGACCGACGUUCGACCUUCACAUCGGCGAGCGAGCGAGGUGCACCUCCCGGCCCACCUCUCCGCCCGCGGUUGUGGAGAAGAGAAAACGAAGUAAAAGAAGAGGUUUAGUCGGUUCAGCGGCUCCUCGCCGGCCCGCGGGACAAUAAAUACAGAGACGGGGGAAAAAGGCAAGAAAAAAAAAAGUGCCACAGCACACUGGCGACGACGCAAAAGAACAGCAGCAGACAGGGAAGCCGAGGAGGGAAAUAGCGCUGCCGUGGUGGUGGUGCUGGUGGUGGCGGCGGCGUCUGUCCGUGGUUGGACUGGAGGUGCGCGAGAGAGGAGGACCCAACCCGGAGGCACGAGAAGACUUCGCUUUCGGUCUCGCCGGUCGUCGUCGUGGUGGUGGUUUCUGGCGCGGUGUCUUCGCCGCCGCCGCUUGCGCGCGCGCGCGCGCGCUUUUCGUUAUCGGUUUAAGAGGAGCGUGUAAACAGGAGCGCCACGCUCGAGGCACGCCCGCGUCCCUGGAGCGCCGCGCAGCAUUCGACGCGAAGGAGAAUGCCUGUCGACGCCGCCGUCUUAUUCUUCUCCCGCCGUACUCGCCUCACCCGGUGUUGUAGGUCUCGUGCUCCUCGCAACUGUCUGCAGUAGAACAUGGAAGUGUCUCGCACCCAUCGUCGUCGUCGGCGGCCGUCCCAUCAGCGCCAGAAGCAGAACAGCAUCCGGCUCUGGGACCUCGGGUGGGGCCUUUGGGGAGCGUUCAAGUUCGUGCUGGCGUCGCUGCUCGGCGGGCCGCUGCGGCGCGCCCGUCUUCUGGCCGAAGGGCAGCGGUGCGCCGGCGACACGCCUUCCCCGCUGACGUCUUCGCCCGAAAAGCAGUCGUCGCUGCGGCGGGUCUCGAAGAGCAGCUCCAAGGCAUCCGAAGUAUGCGGCCGCUCGUGGAUUACGUGGGUGGCGAUGCUGGCCAGCCCUCGCGUGUGGCUGCGCGCCGGCACCGGUUUUCUCUGGUUGCUGGUCUGCCGCUGGACGUCGCUGAUCAACUUGACCCUUCGCUGGACCUCCGCCUUCUUGGUCGUGCUCAAGGAUGCCGAUGCCAAGAGCACCCGACGCCUUGAGGAAGAGCUGCAAGGUCAUGUGCGGGAAUCUACGCAUCGAGAGGUCUGCAAGGAUGGAGGCAAGAGCUGCGCCCACUGUAACUCAACUUUCAAUCUUCUCUUCAACCGAAAGCUGGUGUGUCGGGAAUGUGGCCUCUUUGUGUGCCGUGACUGUGCCACAUAUGACUCUCGAGACCGGGGAUGGUACUGUCGCCUCUGUGAACAGCAGAGGAGCCUGCGUGCACAGUCUUGCGAAUGGUUUUACGAUAAUGUGAAGGUCAAAUUCAACCAUUUUGGAAGCACCAAGGUCCUGCUCUCCCUCUAUGGUCCAAAGAAAACAGACAAAGGAUCUGACUUGGGAGCAACAGAACAAGAAGAAUCUGAUGUUCAGCAACAUGUAGAAUCUGUAAUCGAGAGCCUCCUAGGCGAAUCUCUAGAUUCUGCCUCUGUGAGUCAUCUCUACAGGCACCCUCUUUAUGAAAAGACCUUUGCUGAUCACCGUGAGAAGCUCCUAGAGGGUGUUUCUCAAUUUACACGAGCCCUUCUUAUUGCCUUGCAAGGCAAGCAAUGUGAAGGAGACUUGACACCUACAAGCACACAUGCCAGACUCAAGGAGCUAAUAUUUAACCUUACUAAGGAUGUGGAGACUCUUCCCCUCUUGCAGGAGGAAUGCAAGCCAAAAACAAAAGAUGCAUCUGCCUGUUCUGAUGCUUCAGGCAGUGAAGAUGGUGACGAUAUUGUUUGUGACACUUAUGAGGAGCUUCUUGUUGUUGCUGUCAUCAAUAAGGCUGUUGAAAUGGCUCAACGUAAGUACACUACAGACAGUUCACCUGGUGAUUUGAAAAAUGCCUGUGAGCCAGACAUCAUCAGGACAGUGAAGAAAGAACACAUUGAUGUCGGCUGCCAAUCCGACAUCCCAUUGUCGGACUCCGGCCAGGAAGAAGAGUUUACUGAGGAAACUGAGUCUGAUGAGUUCUUUUGGUCACGUGUCAAGGAGGACCCAUUUAAAUAUAUUAUUGAGGAGAAAAUUGAGGAGGAAAUAACGGAAGCUUACACAGAAUCCGACGACGAGAGGAAUCGAGUUCCUUCCGACCCUGAAGAGUGCAGCAACAUUGCUCGUCCACAGGUUCCCUUUAUACUGGACUUGUCUCGGGAGCAUAGGGUGCCCUUUCCGGAAAUGGGUGUGGACAUUGUGACUCCCUAUGCCUUGGACUCGGAGGAGGAUGAGCUGGAAGGAGAUGGUGUCGAUGGCCAUACGGGCAGUGCCAAAGGAGUCGAAGACACGCCAGCCCGUGUCUGGACAACAUGCGUGCAGGAUUGGGAGGACAACUGGCUGUUUCGGCAGCGCAAGCGCAGUGCGGCUCUUGGAGCCUUCCGGGGUGGUCGCUAUGCGGCCUACUAUGACCCCAUCAACAUGGUCAUUCCAAAUCCCUCAGAUGAUUGUGGCCGAGUAAGAUUGGGAAGCAAGGACCUUGAUGAGCUUUCAGAAAUGUCAGAGAAGCUCUCUGUUGGCUCUUUGGAAUUAUCUAGUGCAUCGGAGUCGGAGGAGGAAUUGGGUGCUACGGAUGUCUUUGAUAAAGAACCUACGACAGCUGCUGCUACCAAUGGCAAUGCCAAGAGUGCCAUAGUGCCACGAAAAUCCGUAGAUGCACCGACCAAUUGGAAAUACAAGUCGCUCGUAGAGAACGAAAAAGACGACAGGGGAUUCCCAAAGCCACCACUUAGAGCCUCGCUGCAGAUGAUGCAAGACUGCAAGAGUUCUGGGAGGCCAUUGACGUCAACGCCAAAAAAGGAAAAGCAAGAGCAUGUUUCAGCUGCCAAGAUAAUUUUGAAGCAGUUGAGAAUACCCACCUACUCUGAACCCGGUGCACGAAAGCAGUGCAAGGACUCUACACUGCGCUUCAGUUUGCAGCCGGAAGCCAAGACCAUUUUACAUUGCGGAAAGAUUGCCAAGUUUGUUUGUGAGGUAUCUACACCCAAGCUGCUGGGUGUGGCCUGGUUUCGAGGCGAAGAGCAGCUGGUGCCAAAUGACCAUUGUCGGAUUACUAAAAUUCGUGGGAAGGAAUAUGUCUUGGAGCUUUAUGAUGUUGGCAAAAGUGAUGAAGGCACCUACUCUGCUGUUGCCUACACUGACAAAGAUGAGGUCUGGUGUGAUUUUGCCUUGGCUGUAAGAGCUACAAGCCGGGCUGCAAAUGCACCCGAUUUCACGGUGGCUCCGCACAUAGUGGAGUUGACUGGAGAUUCCUGGGUGCAAAUUUCAUGCACGGUUAGUGGUUAUCCUGAGCCACGAGUUUGGUUCCUGCGCGAUGACCUACCCCUUCCUGACAGUGAAGAGCAAAGGUUCUGUGUAGAGAACAAAGGCUACGGUGAAUGGUGCUUGAGGAUGAAAAGUCCGACACCUGAAGAUGAGGCCAAGUAUAUCGCUGUGGCUGGGAACAGUGUUGGUAGAGCUCAUAGCUCAAUCGUCUUCCGCCUGUCUGAUCUGAAGGUGAAGCCAGCUUCCAAGCGACCAGUCAAAGAAGCCGGUGCUCACAUAAAUAAUCGCCAAUUUUCGAAGAGAACUGUGGAAAAGGCAGAGUCCGAAGGACAUCUGCCAGUCGGGCGGCACCCACCUCUGGUCAUACAGCGCACGUGGGCUGAGCGCCAGGCAGCGGUGCAGCCUGCUAAGGCUGCGAGUGGGGAAAGCUCUCUGCUUUAUGAUGACACAUCAACAUUCAAGAAUGUUGAUGAGCAGACAGAGUUUGUUCCCUCAGUUGAACUGCUGAAUGCACCUCCCAAACCUGGUACUAUUGCAGAGCGCGAACAUGCCAAGUGGCAGAAUGCUGUGCCAUUGCCAAACAACCCUUACAGUGUGGAAAACUUGUCAAGGCGGGCCAGCGAAAGUCGUCGAGACUCUCUGACCACUGCCAAGACAGGGUCAUCGUUCGACACACCACUCGAGGAUGACAAUGACGAAGAUGGUUUCUGCUCACCUGUGCUGCCAUCGUCCUACCUACGGGAUUAUUACAUCAACAAUCCUAAGCUUGUGGCACUAGUGGAAGCCUCAUCUGUGCGGCGAUCAUCUUCACAAAGUGCUAAAUCGUUGACAUCCUCCGGGGACCCUGAGGAAACUCUACACUCUUUUGAAGAACAGGUUUACUCUAGCCCUAGAAAAGCAUUUCGCCCAGCAUCACACAUGCGAACACUCACAGCUGCUGUCAGCACUCCACACCUAAACAUGGAGGACACAACCGGUUUCAGCAUGGGUGCCUUUGAUUCUGUCAAUGGGACGGGGCGUCGGCGGCGGAGGUCUGAAGGGGAGGAGGAGAUGGGAGAGGAGCUAGGGAACCCGUCGUUGCCCUCGGUGCGGGAACUGGUGCUGAAGUUUGCCAGCCAGUCGGCUCAGUCGGCUGUCGAUGGCUCCAACUCCGAGAGUCUUCCCAGUCCUGGUCAAGAGUUUCAGAGCAUAUUUCCUGACAAGAAGGUGAUCUUGGAAGAGAAAGCACUCAAUGGCCAGGGAAACUCUAUUCAAAAAGAACGCCAUGCAACUCCUAAAAAUCAAGAUGCCUGGUCCAUCAAGAAGGAUUCUGAUGAGCCGUCAGUAAGGCCCCAGCCUCUGCCAAGAAAAAGUCUGGUCCACAGUCUGACAGCGCGCAGCUUGCCUCGGGAGUUCAGGGAGCAUGCCCAACGAAAUCUCGUUCCAAGACGGAUGAACCGCGCUGUUGUCACAUCACCAGCAUCCCCGCCAGCAUCGGGAACUCUGUGCGAGCAAGUGUUCCAGCCGUACCCGCUGCAAACGCCAGCAGCCAACAACAGCAAGAACAAUAAUGUUUCAGCCACAGCAGCAGGGGAUGUCACACCUGGCUACGCUUCCGACGAAAGCUCCACAAGCUCGUCGCUGGGAGGAGGCGGUGGGGUCCCCAGACAGCCUUCAAGCAGCAAGCGCCGGCCUCGAGUUGCAGCAUCUCGUGGGAUUCUCCAGCGCACCUCCUAUUGGGACCGCCGGGUGGAACAGGGACUUCUUUCAGACAGCUCAGUCACUGAGGAAUUCCCUCCACUCCAUGAGGGACAUCCUGACAGCUCUGCAAAGUCCUAGGGGUUUGGGACAGUGAUCGUGCCUGUGCCUUGCCAUUACACCAUUUGCACACACAAACGGCAACUUAUCUUUCGGGGCAUGCCACGUAGUAAUGUUUUUAUGUGGUAAUUCUUUUCUGUUUAGAUAUGGUUGCGUCUUUUUUCUCAAAGCUUAGUUAAUUGUGACAGUUUAGCUGAAAAAGAAAAGUAAAGAAGCUGCUAAUUAUGCUUGAAGCAUUCUUUUUUCCUGUGAUUGUGACAUACCAUGAUUGUUGUCUCUGAGGGUGGGAACUAAAGUGUUGUGAGGCACGACUCCCUCUCUCCUUUGUCUUUGGAUUUUGCACUUUCAUAUUUUAGACCGAUGCAUUGUUACCUUUUCUGUUUAGGAGAAGAAUGCUGACACCACAUCCAGUGGUUUUUUGUUACAUCACCUAGCUUAAAGCAUUUCAUUGCAUGAAGGUGUCAUCAGUUCUCUGUGUGAAAUUUAGGCUUUGUUAAUGCAUGAAAUUUUUUUUAUCGUAAAACAGCAUCGUAGUAUCAAUGUUUUGUUGUGUUUGCUAGACUCGAUUGUGUCAGUGUGGUACAAAAUGUGCCGAACAAAUUAUCAGUGCAGCACAUGUCUCUGAAAUAUGUUGUAAACACUCUUCUAUUGAUUGUUGAAUGUUUCAUGAGGGGGUGUGUAGACACAUGUAACAGCUGUAUUAUUUAACAGGGCUGUUUUCUUUUUUCUGAGUCAAACUGGCAGAGCUACAUGCAUUGAGAGGAACAUUGGGCCUAUGCGUUGUUUCAUGCCAGCAUAGGGCAUCAGUUGAUUGAAAUGUUAUGAUCAUUUGCUGCCCCUAAACUUUCGUUGCACUAGGUUACUUUUAUAUAAAUAGCCAUACAGUAAUGGUAUGCCUAUGUACGGUUAAAUGUUUUGGAGUGCUUUUCUUAAUUGCCUUGCAUCUUGUGCCCAUUUGCGAGUGAUUUCAGGCUUUUGAACUGCACGUAAGUUGCUGUGUCACUAUCCUCUCAUGAUUAUUACUGAUGCUUCCUUUUGUGUGGCAUCAAUAUUUAUGGAACAACUGAGGCCACAGCUUUGUGCAAUUUAGCUUUCAUUGUACAAGUCAGCUCAUAAAGAUUGUGUUAGGUGUUUACUAAUUGCUUGGCUGCUGUGUGCUUUUAAACUUGUUCAUACAUGCUUUUGAUGAGCAUGCUGCUGCUGCUGUGUUUUUCUCAAAACAACUUUAUUAGCGUAAUGUCCGUUUUGCAUUUUCAAUAUGUGCAGCAUAGUGGCAGUACAAGAUGCAUAUUUGCAGUGAAGGUAAACACUGAAUUAGCUCAUGCAAAAUUGGCUGGCAAUUUAAAUUUUGUGUUGUAUUCGCCACCGAAUUAUGCGUCGCCUUUUUGCUAGCCAUGUGAAGUGGCAUUUCUUCGACUGCAGAGCAGUAGAUGAUUUGCGGAGUGUGACUAUGUCAUCUUUGUGCAACAUUUUUUUUUAUAGCUACUAGUAUUAGUGAUAUACCAUGAUUUGGAAUGUCCUAAUUACAAGAGAGUUACUCCUUAGUGGCUCAAGCAUAAGUCUCUCAUCUUUACAACAGAGAACUGUGAGUUUUUCAUGAUUCAGUUACAUUAUUUGAGCUGGUUAUACAGCACUUGUUUGUUUCAAGACGAUUUAUUGAAGGUGUAGAGUAAAUUGAUGAGCGAUUACUUUUUCUUUUUUCUCAGUGCCAAAAGAAUAAGGCUGACAAUUUGCAGAUGUUGGACUUUCACUAUGUUUCGUUCAAUAGCAGAUGAGAAAAUGAAGAAGGCCGACUUUUUUUUAUUGUGCUAACUCUUUACUCACUGGUAAAGGGCCAUAUCGCUAGGUGCGUACAUUGUGGACAUUAACUUGCUAAUCACUUUGUUCACUUAGUUUUUCUGGGCGCUAUAAAACUCGUAGUUAUGUGCAGCUUUUAGUGAUUGAUGGAUUUUUUUCGCUUGUUUCCCACUGUGUACUGUGAGGGGUGUCUAGUGUGCCUAUUUACCUCAGGAAGGUCUUUAUAGUAUGUUGUAUGUAUUUAGGUUGUAAAGAAAUUUAUACAUAGAUAUAUAUAUAUAUAUAUAUAUACACACAUAUGUAUACACCAUAUAUACACCCUGUAUGUAUACAAAGAAUAAUUGCCUGGGAACUAACACAGGGUUCAGGUAAUUACGUGCUAAAGGACCACUGACAGAUUUAUGUUUUGUGUAUUGAUUAUUGAGCACACAGCUAGUCAGGGUUAGUGUGUGUGUGUUUGUGUGCCAUAGCAACAUUGCUGUGGACCUAUGGCAAACAUUCCAGACAUGGCAGGCAACAUAUGCUGCUUUCUUUUUAGUUUCAAGUGUGUGCCCUUGUCUCAACUUGCCUUCAUCUGGGCUGUUGCCUUUGCCACAAUGGAAGGCAUUCACAUUUCUUGCAGUAACACUUUGUUCGUAAAGUGCCUCUCGAAAUCUCAUCAAAACUGCACAGUAUUUUCACGAUGCAGCCAGACUGCAGGUAGCUGUAUUCUUGUAUUAUGUUUUUACUUUCCUUGUAUUGCUGUUGCACGCAUAGUUUUUGAUCGUGCAUUUGCGCAUACCGAAAUGUUUUGUUUGUGAUAGUACUGUUUCAACAGCCUUUGCUCAUGACCAGGCAGCAAUGGGUCAACAGAAUAUCUUUGUUUAGACUCAUUGUUGUUAACUCUUUGCAACAUACCCAAGUUGCCACGCUAUAUUUUUUGUUCUGAUUAGUGCAAGGCCAUAUCAGCAGUGCACAAACUGAUAAAUCGGUUGGUUUCAUUUUGGUAGUACAUUUCUUGCUAACCUAAUACUGGGGACUGUAAUUCGAGGAUUCUGUAUCUCUCCUAUGAAGCUUCUUAGCUUUACUUCACUUAUAAAAAUAAGCUAUUUUUGGCUGUUUUUUACUUUCACCCUUUCAGUCAUGGCAGCUUGGAACAUCCUUCCAUUCUCAAGCAUUUUACUAUGCUUAUCGUAAUUGACCUGUGCCUUCUGAACCUCUAAGGUGGCUUUUAAGUUGACAGUACUCUUUCAAGCAAAAGGCUGCAGUGUACAGAACCACCUCCUACAGCGUGUUGGUGCCAGUGUGCGACUGUAAAUAAUCCUGCACAAUCCGCAGUGUGCGGUGUAUUAAAUAAACACUUUACUUUUGUA